ACACGACCUCUGUGCACCUUAAUCGGGAAAAUCACCUUCAAGAACCCGGAUAAUCUCUACGGCCUUGGAAAACAGUGGUGGUGGGAGCCUGCUACGUUUAACAAUAUAGACAUUAAAACACGACCUCUGUGCACCUUAAUCGGGAAAAUCACCUUCAAGAACCCGGUUAAUCUUCUCUGCGGUCUUGGAAAACAGUGGUGGUGGGAGCCUGCUACGUUUAACAAUAUGGACUCGAGAUAACAUGGACAGGUUCGAGCCCCGCUGCCUCCCAAGUGUAUGUGGGGGCGUAGUGUAGGGGAUAAUUAAGUUGGAAAAGUGACAGUAGUGCAUUGGAUUAUAAAGCGAGAGACUUUGAUAAGAAAAGCUAAAAUAAGGCGGUGUGCAAAAGUUAUUGGAGCAGAAAAUAUCCGAAGUUUGUGAAAAUUGUUAAGUAUCGAGUUUGCCUGCAAGGGUUAAAAGUUAUUUCUUGCUUCAACAUCAUUCAUUUUUUCCCUUCCUAUUUGUUUCAUCAACGCAGAAGCAAAAUGGGAGGGUUAGGAACAGUUAGCAGCAAAAUGGGAGGGUUAGGAACAGUUAGGAGCAAAAUGGGAGGGUUAGGUACAGUUAGGAGCAAAAUGGAAGGGUUAGGUACAGUUAGGAGCAAAAUGGGAGGGUUAGGUACAGUUAGGAGCAAAAUGGGAGGGUUAGGUACAGUUAGGAGCAAAAUGGGAGGGUUAGGUACAGUUAGGAGCAAAAUGGGAGGGUUAGGUACAGUUAGGAGCAAAAUGGGAGGGUUAGGUACAGUUAGGAGCAAAAUGGGAGGGUUAGGUACAGUUAGGAGCAAAAUGGGAGGGUUAGGAACAGUUAGGAGCAAAAUGGGAGGGUUAGGUACAGUUAGGAGCAAAAUGGGAGGGUUAGGUACAGUUAGGAGCAAAAUGGGAGGGUUAGGUACAGUUAGGAGCAAAAUGGGAGGGUUAGGAACAGUUAGGAGCAAAAUGGGAGGGUUAGGAACAGUUAGGAGCAAAAUGGGAGGGUUAGGUACAGUUAGGAGCAAAAUGGGAGGGUUAGGUACAGUUAGGAGCAAAAUGGGAGGGUUAGGUACAGUUAGGAGCAAAAUGGGAGGGUUAGGUACAGUUAGGAGCAAAAUGGGAGGGUUAGGUACAGUUAGGAGCAAAAUGGGAGGGUUAGGUACAGUUAGGAGCAAAAUGGGAGGGUUAGGUACAGUUAGGAGCAAAAUGGGAGGGUUAGGUACAGUUAGGAGCAAAAUGGGAGGGUUAGGUACAGUUAGGAGCAAAAUGGGAGGGUUAGGAACAGUUAGGAGCAAAAUGGGAGGGUUAGGUACAGUUAGGAGCAAAAUGGGAGGGUUAGGUACAGUUAGGAGCAAAAUGGGAGGGUUAGGAACAGUUAGGAGCAAAAUGGGAGGGUUAGGUACAGUUAGGAGCAAAAUGGGAGGGUUAGGUACAGUUAGGAGCAAAAUGGGAGGGUUAGGUACAGUUAGCAGCAAAAUGGGAGGGUUAAGUACAGUUAGGAGCAAAAUGGGAGGGUUAGGUACAGUUAGGAGCAAAAUGGGAGGGUUAGGUACAGUUAGGAGCAAAAUGGGAGGGUUAGGAACAGUUAGCAGCAAAAUGGGAGGGUUAGGUACAGUUAGGAGCAAAAUGGGAGGGUUAGGUACAGUUAGGAGCAAAAUGGGAGGGUUAGGUACAGUUAGGGGCAAAAUGGGAGGGUUAGGUACAGUUAGGGGCAAAAUGGGAGGGUUAGGUACAGUUAGCAGCAAAAUGGAAGGGUUAGGUACAGUUAGGAGCAAAAUGGGAGGGUUAGGUACAGUUAGGAGCAAAAUGGGAGGGUUAGGUACAGUUAGGGGCAAAAUGGGAGGGUUAGGUACAGUUAGGGGCAAAAUGGGACAGCACCUCGCAGAAAACUCUAGUUGCAUAAGCAGUAUUAAUAUUAACUUUUUUUUGAUGUUAUAGUGUUGCAUUUUUUGGGCGUAUUAAUUAAGGUUUUUUGAUUCGCAUUUUCAACACUCAAAAGUUUCGAAUUCUGAUGUUUUUAAUUAUCUCCUUUUUCACUGAAAAAAUCGAGUCAACUUUUCAUAAAUAUCAUUAGCACAUGACCACAUUCAUCUUCUCUUUUCUAACCUUUUCGUUUUUUAAUUGAACUUUCCGGCGAAUUAUUUUUUUUUCCUUUCUUUCCUCUUUUUCAGCACUCAAAAAUCUCGAAUUCUACGGUUUAUGAUUGCCUUCUUUGACACUAAAAAACAAACCGAAUCAACUCUUCUGAAGAUCACCAAAAGGAGACAAAUCCUUCCAUUAUCAAACGUUUGGGACUCUUACGAACGCUUUUCAAGACCAGAGAGGAGCUUCGUCGGGACUGUCAUGAGUGUUUUACCCUUUUACGGCGCGGAAGCCUUCAAAAAAUACCGCCGGGCUCAGAAAACUACCCAUGGAAACACCAGUAAACUUCUACGAGACCCUUUUGAAUUAAAUGGACUAAGACUUGGAAGUGUUUAAUAACAUAGACCUAAAAACUCUGCUACACACACUCAGUCACGAAGAAGAGAAAGAGAGGAGAAGAAACCCAACCGAGUCUAGCACAGUACAUCAGGAAACAACUCUUGAAAAUCCCGACAACUUCUACGAGAACCUUUUGAAUUAAAUGGACUAAGACUUGGAAGAGUUUAAUAAUAUGAACCUAAAAACUCUGCUACACAAACUCCAUUACGGACAGAACCAGGAGAACCCCAACCGAGUCUAGCAUAGCAUUACAUCAGGAAACCACCCUUGGAACCCCCCGACAACUUCUACUAGAGCCUUUAGCAAUAGACGGAUUAAAGUUGGAAGAGCUUAACAAUAUGAACCUAAAAACCUUAGCUACACACACUCCAUCACGGACAAGAGAAAGGAAGGAGAAGGAGAACCCCAAGCGAGUCUACCACCACAUAUCCUCCUCGGCACUUCGUAAGGAGGGGACGACGGAAGCCAUAAAUCGCCCGUGGAUAUCUUGAGCACCAUUACUCUCUUUCUGGACACUAGCGAGGCAGCGGGCGAAGGGGGACAACCCAGCAGGUGUUUAUGCAAGUAUUCACAACUCUGGGCGGCAUAAACACGUUCGGUAUCUGUGAUGAGGAGGGCGAGGCGGGUCUGCUCGGCGGGGAAGCUCGUCAAGGUUAUUGUUAUGGAGAUGGAGACGUCGGGGAGUGUAUGGCCUUAGACGGUGGUCGGAAAUGAGGGACGAGGGACAGUGUGUGUAUGGGUGAGGGUGGGAUGGGUGGGGUGGGUGGGUAUCUAUCUAUCUAUCUAUCUAUCUAUACGAAUGAUCGAACAUAUAUACAAAUACAUAAAUAUACAGUCGUACGGACAAUGCCGAGGCCUAAUCCACGUAUUAACUAAUCCAACUUUUCCCAGACAGUCCAUAUAAAAAUGUUCUCUUUCCGAGUGCAUAAGCGUAAUGGUGCGAAUGACUUCCAUAUAUUUCAGGGGAGGCGAGAACACGAAAAAUCAACUAUUAUACAAGGCCGAUGGUUGCCGGUUGUUAGAGAGAGAGAGAGAGAGAGAGAGAGAGAGAGAGAGAGAGAGAGAGAGCAAGAGCGAGCGAGCGAAACAAAAUCAGAGAGAGAAAAAGAGGAAGGAGAGGAGAGCGAGAAAUAGAAAAGUGAGAGAGAGAGAAAGAGAGAGCGAGAGGAAGAGAUUAAAAAGCGAAGUCCGUGGCAAACGGGCUAACGUAUAUCAAGUUUCAAAAAGAAAAAAAUAAAGAAAAAUAAAGAAAGAAUAAAGGAAAAUACGGUCACGGUCGAAUAACACCGGAAUGAACGUAAGAAAGAAAACGAGGUGGCUUCUGCAAGGGCGGACUUUAACAGAAAUGCUACACUUUGCCACUGGAUAGGUUCGAACCCCGCUGCCUCCCAAAUGUGUGUGGGGGCGUAGUGUAAGGGAUAAUUUAGUAGAAAAGGUGACUAGUGGAUCGUAUUAUAAAGCAUUCGACCCUAAUAGCUUUUUUUCUGUCUCUCUCUCUCUCUCUCUCUCUCUCUCUCUCUCUCUCUCUCUCUCUCUCUCUCUCUCUCUCUCUCAAUGUAGCAAUACUUAUCGUCUUAUCUUAUUGAAUAGAAAGCGGAUAACGAACGCACUACUCAUACAACGAACGCACUUCUCUUACAACGAACUCCCUACUGAUAUAACGAACUCACUAUUCAUAUAACGAACACACUAUUUUUAUAACGAACCCACUCCUGAUUACACACCAUCCUCUGCUUAACGGCCUCUACGACUACUGACACAUGUACUCGUCAAAAACAAACAAACAAACAACAACAAUAAAAAACAAGAGAAAGAAAUCAUGAUCAUCUUCGUUAGCUGAGCAUUUUACAACCAGGGUGACUGUUUCUUUUUAUAGGCAGGACCCUCAUGGUUUAUUUUAUGCGCGUCGUGUGUUGUUUGGUGACGCGCUGCAUUCUUUCAGUUAAGACACACAUAUUUGACAAGAUUUUCGUGGAUUUUCUGGGUAUUUCCAUGGGUACCCUUGUGAUACUGGUGGUAAUUUGACCUUUCUGCUGUAACCUGAACCCCCUCCCUCCCCCCCCCCAAAAAAAGCACUCAUUAGAACCCGACUGAUCUCCUUUUUGAACUUUGGAAAUAGUUGAUAUGAGGAGCGGACGCGUCUGAAAAUACCGAUCUAUAGACUCACGCUGAGGGUUCUCCUGUUUAAAGUUGAAAGAAAAUGUGAUAUGGCAAUGCACUGACGACACCGGCUACUUUGUUCUGGAGUUUUAUGGCUAUAUACACAAUAGUCUCCGUUGCAAUGCCAUUUGAGGGAUCCAUGUUCAACUGGGAGCGUUUGUUUACAUCCGAAACGUUUCUGCUCUUUACCAGGAAAAGUGUGAAAGAGGAAAUGAUUGAUGCUAUUUGAUGAACGUGGUUGUAGUCUGGUUCUGUGAAAACGCCUACAUCGAUCAGUGAAGAUCUGCCCAAGUUGCGGUAGAAACGAAUACACGAUUAAAACUAAAGGAAUAUUGAGUGCAUGGAGAUAAUAAAUAAUAGUGUAGCCAAGACUUGUGCAAAACGAGGGAUGGAAAAUUGCAGCAACCUUUGUUCAUUAGUGUUUUAAAGAGCAUUCACAUUUUUUCAACAACGAAGAAAGUUUUUAGAUGUUAUUUAUUAUAUGCAGCGCCCUGUCGCUUUAGAAUUUCUUGUAAUAAAAAUUCUCUCUCGCUCUCUUUCUUUCCUUCUUUCCCCCUUUCUCUCUCUCUAUUUAUCUAUCUAUCUAUCUAUCCACACACACACACACACACACACACACACACACACACACACACACACACACACACAUAUGACAACUAGAUAUGAAUGGCGUGGAAAUGCAGGAAUUGAAUCAACUUUGCGACGUAUUGUGAGUGAAUGGCGAGAGAGUAAGUUGGUAAGGCGGUGAGGCAAGCACUCCUUCCCUUGACUCUCUCUGGAAGUGCUGUGCGAAUCGAGUCUCACUGCCUAAAGACUGUACUGAAUCGUUGUUUACUGAGGCACCCCACUGAGGCGUCACACCGGCGGCCUGAUAAUGGUAAACAGGUGUCACAGCAAAUAUUGUUAUGCAUUGGUUGCUCCUAAUUUGAAUAUUCAUGACAGGCAAAACAACACAUCAGUCACUCUGCCGUCAAACGUUCAGCUUUAAUGGCAGUCAAAACCUAAUACUCAACACAACGAAAAAAAAUAAUAACACAAAUAAAAGUCAACCCAAAGCCAAACCACUAAUUUCUCGCUACUCUAAGGCAAAAAAAAAGUACUAAUGAUCGCCAGCAGCAGCAGCUCGGCCAACACAACAUGCACACACGCAUGCACUGCACUCUACUGACGCUGGUUUAAGAUCAGGUUCUGGAUGCGGUCAACUCUAGAGGGAAACCAGAUUGACGAGACAGUUUUGGCGUUGGCUACCGCGGGUCCUUGCCUCCCUAAACGGCCACACUGCACACGGUUUGCCGGGAGGG